AUGGCUGCCGCAUCGCUCACGACGGCGGCCUCGCUCUUCACAGGCCCGGAGGUAGCGACUAAUAACACACCUUUGGUCAAUGAUAGUGCGACAUUCCACCUGGCUCUUGACGGGACGGUCCAGACACUGUCCACCCAAAAUGCACCCGAUAAAGGUCCCAUUAAAGGUUUAUUCUUUGUUCCUGGUCUCGACACUCACGAUCCAUGCGUCAAUGCCACGGCUGAAUAUGUUCCCGCGAAUGUCACCCGCUUCGAGGACGUGAAAACACUCGGCUACCGCAUCGUUGGUCUCGCGCCGUGGAUAAGCGCCGACUGUACGCAGUCCUUCCUGCAUGCCUCUCGGCGCGUGGGAACCAAUGCGCUGGUCUUUUACAUACCCGGUAGCAAUGACACAAAGCCACCGACGGAAGAUAGUUCGGUAUGGUCGUUGAGGGACAAGGAGUGGAAACGUCGGAAUAAGUACCCGGUCUAUGCGAUCCCUGGCCCGGCGGGUGCAACCAUCAUGCGCCAACUAUCGUAUUAUUCGGGGAAUUCGAGCCGCCCCUAUAAUGAGUCUACGGAAUUCUUGCAGGAGGGGCAAGGCGAGAUGCGGUUGUUUGCCCUCAUUAAUCUAGGUGAGUUUAUCAUCUUUUCAUUGGCUAACCACUUUCUCGGCUUCAGCAUGGCUAAUGGCCGGUUGCGUGUGAUUGCAGACAGAGGUGGAAAGAAAAUGCCCAGUCUCUGGGGAUUCAUCCUCGCGAUCGUAGGAACUGUGCUAGUCCUCAGCGUGAUAUUACUUCUCUGCUACCAGAUCGUGCAGAAGCGACGACGCGAGAGUUUGCAGCGUCGAAUUGAAGCGGGAGAGGCGGACAUUGAACAUCUCGGCCUACACCAAUUGAAGGUCUCCCAGGAGGUUUUGGAUACGUUUCCAGUGUAUGCGUAUCCGGACCUCGAAGCACUCAGCGACAGUGACACUCAGUCGAGAUCGGGCGAUAGUGGCUCCACGCACCAAUUGGACAAGGUGGAAGAAGAGCCAGAGAAGACCGAUACAAACAGCGAAACGCGAAUACGGACAGACCCAGCUGUUCACAACGUUCAAGGAAGGGUGGAGAUCGGAGAAAAGGAGGUCUCGCCCAAUCAAGAGGAUGAUAUAUCGUCCAGCAGCCAACACCAAACGCAAAUUACCGCACCCUCUCCUCGGAAUCGACUCAGUCAUUCUCAAACGACCUGCGCAAUCUGCCUCGACGACUUUGUGCCCAACGUGGCGAUCGUGCGCGAGCUUCCAUGUGGGCACAUCUUCCACGUCGAGUGCAUUGACACCUCUCUGGAGCAAAAUAGCAGUCUUUGCCCGUUGUGUAAGAAGAGCGUUGUACCGCCAGGGAGUUAUCCAGUCCCGGUGACGAAUCGCAUGGUACAUCUAGAUUACAUGCUUCGGAGGACAACCCGAUAG